GAUGGCUGCGCCCUUGCAGGAGUGCUGAAGAGCUGCCUCUCCGCUGAGAUUUUCGGGAUUGUGUGAGAUUUCCUCGAAAGCCCUCGCUGCCAGCCAGCCCCCAUGGUAGCCGCCGUGUAGAAGGACACCCCGGGGACCCUCGCCCUCGACCAGUGUGACUGUGGCAGCCUGCCCGCCUGAAGAUGGGCCUCGUCUCCAGCUGCUGCCCGUAGCGGAGAGCCGCGGCGAGAGGAGCCGCGCGUUCCCCUGCAAACACGCGCCCGUGCAGCUCGCCUUCGACGGCUUCGACCUGCUGUACCGCCUGUGGACGCUGCCCUACACGCUCCUGACCAGGAUCAUCUGCGCCACCGCCUCGGCCAUCGUCCGCAGACGGGGGAGAGCUUCUCCGGGGCGGGCUGAUCACUCCGCCGCUCCGAGGGCACUGAUGAAAAUGGACCUGGACCUGCUUCAUUCGCCGGCCGUGGGCCUGGCUGAGGAAGAGGAGGCCGACAUGAACGACUGGAAGCUUCCUUUGGCUUUCAUGAAGAAAAGACACUUGGAGAAGAUCGAGGGCUCGAAGGCCUUAGCGCAGAGCUGGAGGAUGAAGGACAGGAUGAAGACUGUGAGCGUAGCUCUGGUGUUGUGCCUCAACGUGGGAGUCGAUCCUCCUGAUGUGGUCAAGACCUCGCCGUGCGCCCGACUGGAGUGCUGGAUAGAUCCCCUGUCGAUGAGCCCUCAGAAAGCCCUGGAGACCAUAGGGGCCAACCUGCAGAAGCAAUAUGAAAAUUGGCAGCCCAGGGCGCGUUACAAGCAGAGUUUGGAUCCCACAGUGGACGAAGUGAAGAAGCUGUGUACAUCACUGCGACGCAACGCCAAGGAGGAGCGAGUCCUCUUCCACUACAAUGGUCACGGAGUGCCGCGGCCCACCGUCAACGGGGAAAUCUGGGUCUUUAACAAGAACUACACCCAGUACAUCCCGCUGUCCAUCUACGACCUGCAGACGUGGAUGGGGAGCCCAUCCAUUUUCGUUUACGACUGCUCCAACGCAGGGAUCAUCGUCAAGUCGUUUAAGCAGUUUGCCCUGCAGAGAGAGCAGGAGCUGGAGGUGGCAGCCAUCAAUCCCAGCCACCCGCUGGCACAGAUGCCCCUGCCGCCCUCCAUGAAGAACUGCAUCCAGCUGGCCGCCUGCGAGGCCAGCGAGCUGCUGCCCAUGAACCCGGACCUGCCCGCCGACCUCUUCACCUCCUGCCUCACCACUCCCAUCAAGAUUGCGCUUCGAUGGUUCUGUAUGCAGAAAAGUGCCAAGCUGGUGCCAGGGGUGACGUUGGACCUCAUUGAGAAGAUCCCUGGCAGGCUGAACGACCGGCGCACGCCGCUCGGAGAGCUCAACUGGAUCUUCACAGCCAUCACUGACACCAUCGCGUGGAACGUGCUGCCCAGAGACCUGUUCCAGAAGCUGUUUCGGCAGGACUUGCUGGUGGCCAGCUUGUUCCGCAACUUCCUGUUAGCCGAGAGGAUAAUGAGGUCGUACAACUGCACGCCAGUCAGCAGCCCCCGUCUGCCCCCCACGUACAUGCACGCCAUGUGGCAGGCGUGGGAUCUGGCCGUGGACAUCUGCCUCUCUCAGCUGCCCACCAUCAUCGAGGAGGGCACUGCCUUCAGGCACAGUCCCUUCUUCGCAGAGCAGCUGACGGCGUUUCAGGUUUGGCUGACGAUGGGUGUGGAGAACAGAAAUCCUCCUGAGCAGCUCCCCAUCGUACUGCAGGUCCUCCUGAGUCAGGUGCAUCGUCUGCGGGCCCUGGACCUGCUCGGACGCUUCCUGGACCUGGGACCCUGGGCCGUCAGUCUGGCGCUGUCUGUGGGAAUCUUCCCCUACGUGCUAAAGCUGCUUCAGAGUUCAGCGCGAGAGCUGCGGCCGCUGCUGGUUUUCAUCUGGGCUAAAAUCCUUGCCGUGGACAGCUCGUGUCAAGCUGACCUGGUCAAAGACAACGGGCACAAGUACUUCCUGUCUGUGCUGGCAGACAACUACAUGCCGGCCGAGCACCGCACCAUGGCAGUCUUCAUACUAGCUGUUAUCGUCAACAGCUACAACACAGGACAGGAGGCGUGUCUGCAGGGCAACCUCAUCGCCAACUGUCUGGAGCAACUGUCUGACCCCCACCCCCUGCUCCGCCAGUGGGUUGCCAUUUGCCUGGGCCGGAUCUGGCAGAACUUCGACCCAGCCCGCUGGUGUGGGGUUCGAGACAGCGCGCACGAAAAGCUGUACACCCUGCUGUCAGAUCCCAUCCCUGAGGUGAGGUGUGCAGCUGUAUUUGCUCUGGGGACCUUUGUUGGAAACUCUGCGGAGAGGACGGACCACUCCACCACUAUCGACCACAACGUGGCCAUGAUGCUGGCGCAGCUCAUCAACGACGGGAGCCCCGUGGUCCGCAAGGAGCUGGUGGUGGCAUUGAGUCACCUGGUGGUCCAGUACGAGAGCAACUUCUGCACAGUCGCCCUCCAGUUUAUAGAAGAAGAGAAGAACUACACGGUGCCGUCACCAGCAAACACCACCGGGUUUAGAGUAAAUUUAAGGAGGAGUUCAAAGGAGCUAAAAGUGGAGUUGCACUUCUCUGCACAGUCAGAGCCUGGUAACCUGACUCCGGUGAGGGACAGCCCAGCCAUCCCCCGCCUGCGCUCCGUCAACUCCUACACUAACAUCCGAGCUGCUACCACGGCCCGCAACCUGAACAAGAGCCUGCAGAACCUCAACCUCAAUGAAGAAGGUGGACCAGCAGCCUUCUCUCCUGGUAACCUGAGCACCAGCAGCAGCGCCAGCAGCACCCUGGGGAGCCCUGACAACGAUGAGUACAUCCUCUCCUUCGAAACCAUCGACAAGAUGCGACGGGUCUCCUCAUAUUCAUCCCUCAACUCCCUCAUAGGCGUGUCCUUCAACAGUGUGUACACCCAGAUCUGGAGGGUGCUGCUCCAUCUGGCAGCAGACCCGUUCCCCGAGGUGUCCGACCUGGCCAUGAAGGUCCUCAACAGCAUCGCCUACAAGGCGACGAUGAACGCCAGGCCGCAGAGGAUCCUGGAUUCAGGAUCGCUCACCCAGUCGGCGCCGGCCAGCCCCACCAGCAAGGGCACGCACAUCCACCAGGCGGGCGGCUCCCCGCCGAUGCCCAGCACCAGCAGCUCCAGCCUGACCAACGAUGUCCCCAAACCCCCCCCCAGAGAGCCGCAGGCCGCACGGCCUCCCUACACGCCCACGCUGGGGGGGCAGGCGCCGCACUCGCACCAGUUCCCCCGAACCCGCAAGAUGUUUGACAAGGGACCCGAGCAGGCAGCUGAAGAUGGAGACGACCCAGGAGGCCACAGGAACUACAUCAGCGCGGCUCUGCAGACGGGUCUGUGCGACUGGAGCGCUAAAUACUUUGCUCAGCCUGUCAUGAAGAUCCCAGAGGAGCAUGACCUGGAGAGCCAGGUGAGGAUGGAGCGGCAGUGGAGGUUCCUGAGGAACGCCCGUGUGAGGAGGCAGAGUCGCAGCAUCACACAGAGAGGCGUUUCUCGUCUGGAUGAUCAAAUAUUCAUCAACCGUAAUCCCGGAGUGCCAUCUGUCGUGAAGUUCCACCCCUUCAACACCUGCAUCGCUGUGGCCGACAAAGACAGCAUCUGCUUCUGGGACUGGGAAAAGGGCGAGAGGCUGGACUACUUCUACAACGGAAACCCUCGUUACACUCGCAUCACUGCCAUGGAGUACCUGAACGGACACGACUGCUCCUUAUUACUCACUGCAACAGACGACGGAGCGCUGCGUAUCUGGAAGAACUUUGCCGACCAGAAGAACCCCGAGAUGGUGACGGCGUGGCAAGGCCUCUCCGAUAUGCUGCCAACUACCCGAGGUCUGGCCAGAAGGGUUUCCAUCUAUCUUGACAGGAGUAAGCAAGGAGGAGCGGGGAUGGUGGUGGACUGGGAGCAGGAGACGGGUCUGCUCAUGACGUCUGGAGACGUCCGCGUCAUCAGGAUCUGGGACACUGACCGAGAGAUGAAGGUCCAGGACAUCCCGACCGGCGCUGACAGCUGUGUGACCAGCCUGUCCUGCGACUCCCAGCGCUCGCUCAUCGCUGCAGGUCUGGGCGACGGAUCCGUGCGCGUCUUCGAUCGCAGAAUGGGCCCUAACGAAAGCCGCGUGAUGACGUACCGGGAGCACGGAGCCUGGGUGGUCAAAGCCCACCUGCAGAAGGAGACAGACGGCCACAUCAUCAGCGUCAGCGUCAACGGGGACGUGCGCUUCUUCGAGCCCCGGAUGCCGGACUCCGUCAACGUGCUGCAGACCGUGAAGGGACUGACGGCGCUGGACAUCCACCCACAGGCCAACCUCUUCGCCUGCGGGUCCAUGAACCAGUUCAUCGCCGUCUACAACGCCAACGGUGACGUGAUCAGCAACAUCAAGUACUACGACGGCUUCAUGGGCCAAAGAAUCGGAGCCAUCAGCUGUCUAGCCUUCCAUCCCCACUGGCCCCACCUGGCCGUCGGCAGCAACGACUACUACAUGUCCAUCUACUCUGCAGAGAAGCGGCUUAGAUAACACACCAGCAUCCUCCACCCCCGCCCCGCCCCGCCCCCACACCAACACACCUGACUUCUGACCCUGAGCCUCAAGCACCGGGAUGUAAAUGAUGUUUUUCUUGUACAUAAUGCAAUUUACCACCGUGAAUGUUCCAGUGAUGGCUGCUGACAGAAUCUCCUGCUACAGACGACUCUAUAUGUGUAGAUAUAUACAUAUAUAUAUUAUUAUCAUUAUAAUUGUUUAUUCAUAUUCUUAUUAUGAAGCUAAUGAUUGUAGACUUGGCUGUGCUGAGGAGUGUGUGUGUGUGUGUGUGUGUGUGCGUGUGUGUGUGUGCGUGUGCGUGCGUGCG